AUCCAUGAACCGGAAGUACUUAUUUAUUCUUGCCUGCUUCACAGCGGUAAAUUUGACAACAAGCCCUAGCUAGCUACGUGUAUUUCAGGAAGAUAUUUUGUUCCCGAUAAUCUUCAAACAAUGACUAAAUUACAAUAUCUGAAUGUGUAUCUAACUGAGCGUUUGAUGCAAGCUGCCGAGGAGAUACUUGGAGUGGUCGGAGACACGAUCUCCGAAUACCAGGAAGAAAUAACCCGGACAAAGAGAGAGAACCAAUACCUGAAACGACACUUGAUCACACCGGCUCCUCAGCCCAUUGUCUCUUGGGUCUCAGAGCAGCAAACUCCCUCUGAGCAACAGCACUGUGAGCAGGAGUGGAGCCCCAGUCUGGGGCAGGAGGACACAGAGCACACCCAGUUAUUUAAACAGGAACAGGGUGAACUCAGGACCCGUCAGGAGUGUAGAGCAGAUUCAAGGGCGUUGGCUGAUACCAAAGAAGACUCCAUAAUCAUUCCUCCCUGUGUGAAAAGUGACUGUGAUCAGGAGCCACCUCAGCCCCACACAUCUUCCCCAAAACUGUGGAGAACAGAGAGAAGAGACUCUCUUUUGACCAACACAACUGACCAGAUCAAAACAGAACCUGAUGGAGAGGGCUAUGGAGUAUCACUAUCAGAACCAACCAGUGACUCCCUCAGUCUCAGCCUCUCUCUUGCAGUAAAUCAGACUGUUCUAGAACACAGAGUGAGAACACUGACAGUGUUACUAUGUUUCGAGAGAUCCAGAAAGGAGACCAGAGGACACACAGACACACUCAUGUACUCAGUGUGGUGCCGUGUUCUGUGA